CGGGGGGGCCGCGCCCCCCCUCCUCCCCCCCUCGCCGGUCCCAGAGCCGCAGCUGCUGCGCCCGCGCGCUCCCGGGGACAUUCUGACCGCCGCCGGGUCCCGCCGCCUCUCGCCCCGCUGUUAAUACCGGCGGCACGGGAGGGGGGCGCAGCGUGCGCAGCGCAACCAUGGGGACGCUGUUGGCCUUCGUGGUCGGCGCGGCACUGGCGUCCUCAGCCUGGGGAGGCUGUGUGGAGGUGGACUCAGAGACCGAGGCCGUGUAUGGGAUGACCUUCAAAAUUCUGUGCAUCUCCUGCAAGCGCCGCAGCGAGACCACUGCCGAGACCUUCACGGAGUGGACCUUCCGCCAGAAGGGCACAGAGGAGUUUGUCAAGAUCCUGCGCUAUGAGAACGAGGUGCUGCAGCUGGAGGAGGAUGAGCGCUUUGAGGGCCGUGUGGUGUGGAAUGGCAGCCGGGGCACCAAGGACCUGCAGGACCUGUCCAUCUUCAUCACCAACGUCACCUACAACCACUCGGGCGACUACGAGUGCCACGUGUACCGCCUGCUCUUCUUCGACAACUACGAGCACAACACCAGCGUCGUCAAGAAGAUCCACCUUGAGGUGGUGAACAAAGCCAACAGAGACAUGGCGUCCAUCGUGUCUGAGAUCAUGAUGUACUUGCUCAUCGUGGUGUUGACCAUAUGGUUCGUGGCAGAGAUGGUUUACUGCUACAAGAAGAUCGCUGCUGCCACGGAGGCUGCUGCACAGGAGAACGCCUCAGAAUACCUGGCCAUCACCUCAGAAAGCAAAGAGAACUGUACGGGCGUCCAGGUGGCCGAAUAGCCCCGGUAAGGCCCUGGGCUCCGCCUCAAGGAAGAGCCAGCCCUAACGGGGAACAUCCGGGCACAGCCUGCCCCCAAUGGGGGUUGGCCAUUCCUGGGCCUCCACAAGCCUCAAAGUCCUGCCAACGGAGCCUCCAGGGUGGGAGAGGGCAGGGGGCUUGGCUCACACCCCGAAUCCAGCCUCUUCCUCCUGCCCCAUCACCCGCCCGCGCCGUGCAUGAUGGGUAAAGCAAUACUGCCGCUGCCCCCAUGCCUGCUUCUGCUGCCUGUUUGGGAGGGGGCGGUGAGGUGGGGGCAGCGGCUCCGCACCCCUCUUUCUUGCUGAUUUGCACACAUUGGCCGCUUUGGACGCGCACUACUGGGGCCCAGCCCCUCCCCGCCCCCUCCCUGCCCGGUGAGGGUUAUGAUGGGCUGGAACAGCUCGGGACGGGGGGUUCUGGGACCCGCUCCGACCCGCAGCGACAUUUCCCCUCCUGCUUCCUCUGGCUGGACCUGGGGUCUCCUCUCCCUGUGAUGCACUCUCGCCCCAGCCCAACCCGCCGUCUCUCACCAGCCUUGGAUUGUGGCCACUUCGAAAGGGGCCCAUUCAGCCUCGUCUCUCUUUACACAAGUAGUUUUGUUCAUGAAAUAAAGAUUCUUGGACUUGC